AUGUUUAAUCUUGAUAAAAUUACAUGUCCAGUUUGCACUGUGAGAUUUCCAUUAGCUCACUUGCAAACUCAUAUGAGAGUUGCUCAUACUCGUAAAAUCUAUUCUAGAUUUAUAUGUAAGUCGGGUUGUGGGCGACCCUUUUCCACUUUUGAUGCAUUGUAUAAACAUUUAUCGCGUUGCUCUGUUGAUGGUAUUAGUAGUGAUACUUUAGAGUCAGAUGAGUCAAAAGAUAGUUGUGAAAGUGCUGAGGCUUCUGGUGAAAGUGAACUUGCUGCUGGAGCACAAGGUUCUGAAGAAAGCAAUUUUGAUGGAAAAGCAAUAGAAAGCAAUGUUCUUGGUAAUGCAGAGUUUGCAAGCACUAUUAAAUCCUUUUCUGACGAGUUUGUGGCUAGACUUUAUAGAAAAUCCAGUCUACCUCGGAAUCACAUUCAAGGUAUUGUGGAAGAUGUCAUGUGUCUUCUUUCUAAAUGUUGCGAUUAUCUUAAACCUCAGGUUGUGCAAACUCUCAAUGAUUUUAGUGGAACUCAGAAUAACUUGAAUGAGAUUUCAAAAAGUUUUGACCUUGUGAAAAACUGCAUGUUACAUUUAUCCACUGAUUAUAAACGUAACUUGUAUUUUGCCAGAUGUGGAUCUUUAAUUCUACCUGUGCCGCAUGAAGUUGGCUCUACUAAUGAAUCAAAACGUACCAGAGGUGGAACUGUUUUCAAAAAACUUUAUCAUUAUGUUCACAGUGUCCCUUUGAGAGCAGUGCUAAAAUGUAUUCUUGAGCUUCCAGAUGCAUUUUCAUCAGUGCAAUCACACAUUGCUUCUUUAGAAUCUAAUGAUAAAACCAUUGACAAUUUUAUGCAAUGCCCUUUGUGGAAAUCGAAGAAAUCUGGUUAUUCUGCUGACGAUAUUGUGUUACCAUUGUUUGUAUUUAUUGAUGACUGUCAGUAUAAUAAUGCUUUAGGGUCUCAUUCUAAGUCUCUUGGUGCUUGUUACACCUCUUUGCCAUUUUUACCUGAAGAGUGUCAAUCAACUUUAGACAAUAUAAUAUUAGCCCUGUUGUACAAAUCCUGUUAUAGGAAAAUGUUUGGUGAUGACAAAAUUUUUGAUCCAUUAAUUGCAGAAUUGACUUUCUUAGAAAAAGAAGGUAUAUUAGUUUCCACUGAGCAUGGCCUUCAGAGAGUCUUCUUUGUCACUGGUCUGCUCCUUGGUGACAAUAAGGGUCUUAACUCAUUGUUGGGAUUUACUGAGUGUUUCACUGCAAAUCACUGCUGUAGGUUUUGUAAGAGUCAUAGAAAUACUAUGCACUAUCAAAGCGUUGAAGAUCCUAGUACUUUAAGAACUUUAGAGUCAUACAAUGCUGACCUAAUCACAAAUGAUGUAUCUCUUACUGGCUUAAAGUAUGAAAGUGUAUUUAACAAAGUUCCAUCUUUUCAUGUCACCUCAAAUUUAGCUGUAGACAGUUUUCAUGAUCUGGCUGAAGGUGCUUGCCACAAUGUAUUACGUCAUCUAUUGAACCAUUGUAUUCCUAAUUACUUCACUCUUGACAUUUUAAAUGACCGUUUGAAUCUCUUUGAUUAUGGUCCAUGUGAAACUAAUCGUGUUCCUGAAAUUACUGAAAAGUCUCUGUCAUCUGAUAAAUUGAAAUUGUCGGGUUCCGAAACUUUGUUGUUCAUAAAAAUAUUGGGAAUUCUUAUCGGGGAUUUAGUGCCUCCAAAUGAUCCAUACUGGAAGCUGUAUUUAAAGUUGCGGGAACUGUUAGACAUUUGUCAGUCCAAGUCUGUAUCUAUUUCUCAACCUAAGUCAUUGCGAGUGAUUGUUGAAGAGUUCAACACAAUGUAUGUCAAAAUAACAGGGGACACACUCAAGCCUAAAAUGCAUAAUUUUUUGCACUAUGCUCGUGUCCUUGAAAAUUGUGGCCCAAUUCAAUCAAUGGCAGUUGCCAGAUUUGAGGCCAAACAUAAAGACAUUACAGUGCCAGCUCAUACUACAUCAUCACGUGUGAAUCCAACCCUCACCUUUUCUAUGCGUCACCAACUGUCUCUGUGCUAUCGUUUUAUGUCCAAGCAAUCUAUUCUUCCCAAAGUAGAAUUUGGGCCAAGUGAGUUGGUUUCUGUGUCGGAUUUGGACAAUUUUGAAUUAUUUGAUCGUUCAUUGCCACAAUUGUUUUUAGAUAGCCAGUUGCUGUCUUUAAAAUGGGUCAAUAUAAAAGGAACAUUGUACAAGCCUGGCAUGGUACUUUUGGUUAAUGCUAAUGAGCAUGGCCCAGUUUUUGGUGAACUUUGUUACAUUCUUGUGCAUGAGGAAACUGUUCUCUUUGUAUUCUGUUAUUUUUUAAAUCUUGGAUACAGUGAACCUGUUCAUGCGUUUCCAGUUUGCAAAUCUCAAAGAUGGUCUUGCAUAGAACCAAGUGCCAUGUAUGAUCCUCAUCCAUUAUUUGCUCACUCCAAUAUUCUCGGAGUUAAGUAUGUUUCUUUAAAGCAUAGACUGUGA